AGGAAAGCAGCGGGAGCAGCGGGCGAACGGCCCGGGAGCAUGCCCGCGCAGCCCCGCUGAAUGGCGCCUCCCGUGCGCCCGGGGAUGCCGCCCCUGCUGCUGUGGCUGCUCCUGCCGUCGCUCGGCUCGGUUCCAGGAGUGUGGAGCUUUAGCGAACUGUUCUUCCUGAAAGAGCCACAGGACGUAACUGUCACAAGGAAAGACUCAGUCGUUUUAGAUUGUCAGGCUCAUGGAGAAGGUCCCAUUAAGGUCACGUGGUUGAAAAAUGGAGCGAAACUGUCUGAAAACAAGCGGAUCCAGGUUCUGUCUAAUGGCUCUUUGUACAUCAGCGAGGUGGAAGGCAGGCGAGGAGAGCAGUCGGACGAAGGGUUUUAUCAGUGCUUGGCGGUAAACAAGUAUGGGGCCGUCCUUAGUCAGAAAGCUCACCUGACAUUGUCAACUAUUUCUGCAUUUGAAGUCCAUCCAGUGUCUACUGAGGUCCAAGAAGGGGGCGUUGCCAGAUUUUCCUGCAAGAUUUCGUCCAACCCCCCUGCAGUCAUAACAUGGGAGUUUAAUAGAACAGCUCUGCCUAUGGCCAUGGACAGGAACGAUGAAGCCAAAUGCUACAAAGGACUCAAGCUAUCGACCAGUCAGAUCAAAUCCACCGUCAGGAAGCACACAGCUACUGAAAACCCCAGAAGGAAAUACCAUGUGAGGCUGCUGGCUUACAACAGCAUGGAAGACGGCUACCAGGCUGACCAGACCGUUAGCACUCCAGGAUGCGUUUCUGUCCGUGACCGCAUGGUCCCUCCGCCACCGCCGCCGCACCAUCUCUAUGCGAAGGCUAAUACCUCCUCCUCCAUCCUCCUGCUCUGGAGGAGGCCUGCGUUUACCACCGCCCAGGCCAUUAACUACACCAUCCGCUGUAACCCUGUCGGCCUGCAGAACGCCUCUCUGGUCCUCUACCUGCAAACAUCAGAAACCCACAUGUUGGUUCAAGGACUGGAACCAAAUACCAAGUAUGAGUUUGCUGUGCGCCUGCAUGUGGAUCAGCUCUCCAGCCCCUGGAGCCCCGUGCUCUACCACACCACACUUCCAGAAGCACCCACAGGCCCCCCAGUGGGGGUAAAGGUGACACUGAUAGAGGAUGACACCGCCCUCGUUUCCUGGAAACCUCCCGACGGCCCAGAGACAGUGGUGACGCGCUACACCAUCUUGUAUGCUUCCAGGAAGGCCUGGAUUGCCGGCGAGUGGCAGGUCCUACACCGAGAAGGGGCAAUAACCAUGGCUCUGCUGGAAAACCUGGUGGCAGGAAACGUGUACAUUAUCAAGAUAUCUGCAUCCAACGAAGUGGGGGAAGGGCCCUUCUCAAACUCCGUGGAGCUGGCCGUCCUCCCCAAGGACACCUCAGAAUUGAACCAGAGGCCCAAGCGUUUGGAUUCUUCCAAUGCCAAAGUUCACUCAGGCUAUUACCAUCUGGACCAGAGGUCAAUGACGGGCAUCGCAGUCGGCGCUGGCAUAGCCCUGACCUGCAUUCUCGUCUGUGCUCUCAUCUUGAUAUGCCGCAGCAAAGCCAGGAAGUCAUCCGCCUCUAAGACAGCGCAGAAUGGCGCGCAGCCCUUAUCCCGGGCCAGUGGCUCUGUGGCAGCGGGGAGUGACCUGGGGAAGAGCCUGGAGAGAGCUGCAGAGAAUGAGGAGUCCUUGGUACCCAUGAUGCCAAGCAGCUUCAUCGAUGCAAAGGGAGGGACUGACCUGAUCAUCAAUAGCUAUGGUCCUAUAAUCAAAAACAGCACUAAGAAAAAGUGGCUCUUUUUCCAAGACACUAAGAAGAUCAAAGUUGAACAGACGCAAAGAAGAUUUGCUCAGGCUGUCUGCUUUUACCAGCCAGGCACCACAGUGCUGAUAAGCGAUGAAGACUCCCCUAGCUCCCCAGGCCAGACCACCAGCUUCGCAAGACCUUUUGGGGCCACCCUUGACACCGAGCAUUCAGCCAACAGUGAGGGCAGCCACGAGACAGGGGAUUCUGGAAGGUUCUCCCACGAGUCCACUGAUGAGAUACAUGUGUCCUCCGUCAUCAGUAGCACACCCCCCAUCUCGAAUCCCCUCACCAGUGGUGAUUCCGAUGGGACCGCUGCGCUCAAGAAGCUCGGAGACGCCGCGGAACCCUCGGCAGCUGAGCAGACCUCCUCAGCUCCACGGCCCCCAUCUGCAGGGCUGUGCUUUGCUGUCGGGGGGUUCCCCGUCUAGACAGCCCCACUCAGGUACUCACACCAAGCAUCUGUUCGAAGGACAAAGAACAGGGAGCCAAAGCCUUUUGUGAAAAUCUUGAUGUCUUACUGUUUAUUGUUUUUUUGUUUUUUGUUUUUUUAAUUAUUUUUAAGCUGACGAAUUUUGAAUGUUUCAUUGUCAACAAUGUGAAAAGGGGCAGUCGAGAUCCAUGACUGGAUUCUAAGAUGUAUCACUGGAGCGGAGGGAAGACUGCCUGAGCCCUCUGCUGAAUAGCUACCUCAGUUUGCUGUCGGCAGACUCUGAAGACAACUGUGCUGCCUCCUUCGUGUGCUGGUUUGUUUCUCUCGGCGACAUAGCCAGCAGGACUUCCUAGUGGCGCUGUGUGUCCAGUGUGUGUGUGUGAUGUGUGUGACUGAAGGAGUUGGGUGGGUGGAUAAGGAAGAACGUUGAUCUCACGAAGCUCUGACUUUUUUUUUUUUUUUUUU